UAGUUAGAGCUGAAGUUAACGUUGAGCACUUUUGAUCUUUGUUGUAGUAACUUGGUCAUCACGGUUUUCAUCUUCACAAACCAAACAACAAAACUGUGAAACCAAGUAAGCAUUGUUUAUUUUAGGUCAGACCGGUGAAGCAUCAUAGCAACUUAGUAAGGUCGAUAAACCUCUCUCAAACCUCUUACUUUAUGUCUGAUUUCAUUUUAGUUUUCAACGAUUCUCUUAUCUUUUGUUAUCAACAACCUAAGCGUAUAUUAAAAGAGGGUGGGUACGGAUUCAUGAGGUCAAACAUUUUGAACUAAAAGAAAACUACAUAUAACCGGGUGGGAACUUCUCAUUACAACAAGUAUUAUUUAUAGACAAAAAAAAAAGAAAUAGGAAAUGACGUAAGCAUUAACAAGGGAACCACGUCGCUCAUUGUGAGGCCCCUCCAGAUGUCUGGUUAGGUAGUCGCUUUAGGAAUCAAACGCGGAGCUCCAAUAACAAUAUGGCCAUUACCAAACUCUUCAACCUCUCUAUCGAAUCACCAUCACCAAUUCAACACACAACAACAUUCUCGUCUUCAAUCUUUCUGUUGAUCAUCAUCAUUUCUCCACGCCAAUCAAAACGUCUCAUCUCUCUCUCUAUGUCCUCAUCGCUGUUCUAAAGAAGACCAAGAUCCUCCCAUUGUCUUAACACAAUCCUCCAAAUGAGACUUAGCGAUCUAGCAAUGAACGAACGAAGACGAAGAAGACAUAUCUGAAAACAAAACACAAAAAAAAAAAGACAAAACAAAACAAAAUAAGAAAUGUCGGUAGCACACGCAGACGACGCCGACGACUACAGCCGACCAACGGGAGAGACAUACCACGCGGAGAAAGCCUUACCGAGCGGAGACUUCUACACAGGCCAAUGGAGAGACAACCUCCCCCACGGGCACGGCAAAUACCUCUGGACCGACGGGUGUAUGUACGUCGGAGAAUGGCACCGCGGCAAAACCAUGGGGAAAGGCCGUUUCAGCUGGCCCAGCGGCGCCACCUACGAAGGCGACUUCAAGAACGGCUACAUGGACGGCAAAGGCACUUACAUAGACUCCUCCGGAGAUUUAUACCGAGGCUCGUGGGUGAUGAACCUGCGGCACGGCCAAGGCACGAAGAGCUAUGUCAACGGAGACUGCUACGACGGCGAGUGGAGGAGAGGGUUGCAAGACGGGCACGGGAGGUACCAGUGGAAGAACGAGAAUCAUUACAUAGGGCAGUGGAAGAACGGGAUGAUGAACGGUAACGGGACGAUGAUAUGGAGCAACGGGAACCGUUACGACGGGUCUUGGGAAGACUCUGCUCCUAAAGGGAAUGGUACUUUCCGUUGGUCGGAUGGGAGUUUUUACGUCGGUGUUUGGAGUAAAGAUCCUAAAGAACAGAACGGGACUUAUUACCCGUCGACGUCUACGGGGAACUUUGACUGGCAACCGCAACAAGUGUUCUACGUUGAUUUGAGUGAGUGUGUGGUUUGUACUUGUCAGAGGAUACCGGUUUUGCCGUCUCAGAAGAUGCCGGUUUGGUACGGUUCUUCUUCUGAGCAGAGUAGUAGUGGGAACAGGACUAAGAGCAGUGAGAGGCCGAGGAGGAGGUCUGUCGAUGGAAGAGUUAGUAAUGCUGAAAUGGAGUUGAGGAAUAAUGGUUCUGGUUAUCUUCAGGUAGAUGAUACGGAGAGUAACAGAUCACCGUUGGGGCCGUUGAGAAUACAACCUGCUAAGAAACAAGGACAGACUAUCUCCAAAGGACAUAAGAAUUAUGAUCUCAUGCUUAACUUGCAGCUUGGGAUUAGACAUUCUGUUGGAAGACCAGCACCGGCAACAUCGCUUGAUUUGAAGGCUUCUGCGUUUGAUCCAAAGGAAAAACUUUGGACGAAGUUUCCAUCUGAGGGAUCUAAAUACACUCCUCCGCACCAGUCUUGUGAGUUCAAAUGGAAGGACUAUUGUCCUGUGGUUUUCAGGACUCUGCGGAAACUGUUUAAUGUGGAUGCAGCAGAUUAUAUGUUAUCGAUUUGUGGCAAUGAUGCUCUUAGGGAGCUAUCAUCUCCAGGGAAAAGUGGAAGUUUCUUCUAUUUGACCAAUGAUGACCGCUACAUGAUCAAGACCAUGAAGAAGGCAGAAACAAAAGUAAGUACUAGUAUACAAUUUUUUUUUUUAAAUCUGUUUAUCAAAAUAUUCACUCAUUUGUAUUUUUUUCAUUUGAAACAGGUUCUUAUAAGGAUGCUUCCGGCUUACUACAACCAUGUAAGGGCAUGUGAAAACACUCUAGUUACGAAGUUCUUCGGUCUUCACUGCGUGAAACUGACUGGCACUGCACAGAAAAAGGUUCGGUUUGUAAUCAUGGGGAAUCUAUUCUGUACUGGCCACUCCAUCCAUAGACGGUUUGACCUGAAAGGAUCAUCUCAUGGCCGUCUUACCACUAAACCAGAGUCUGAAAUAGAUCCAAAUACAACACUUAAAGAUCUUGAUCUAAAUUUCUUAUUCCGGUUGCAAAAGAACUGGUUCCAAGAAUUUUGCAGGCAAGUGGACAAAGACUGUGAAUUUCUUGAACAAGAGAGGAUCAUGGACUAUAGUCUCUUGGUUGGUCUUCACUUUCGAGAAUCUUCGUGCAAUAACUCUGCCACUCCUACUUCCGGAGCUAGAACCCCGACCGGAGACAAUCGUCCCUCUCGAGGAGAAAUGGACCGGUUUCUACUCGAUGCCAGCAAGUUAGCAUCAAUGCAACUAGGUAUAAACAUGCCUGCAAGAGUUGAAAGAACGGUGAGAAGAAGUGACGCUGAGAAUCAGCUUGUUGGGGAACCAACUGGUGAAUUUUACGACGUGAUUCUCUACUUUGGUGUUAUAGACAUUCUACAAGACUACGAUAUAAGCAAGAAGCUUGAACAUGCAUAUAAAUCAAUGCAGUAUGAUCCAACUUCGAUCUCAGCUGUUGAUCCAAAGCAAUACUCUCGACGUUUCAGGGAUUUCAUCUUCAGGAUCUUCGUUGAAGACACUUGAGAGAGUUUGAGACCAAUCCAUUCUAAUUAACUUGCACACACCCAAGGACCAAUGAACUUGAGGUUUUCUUUUUGUUAGAAAUUCUAUUUUUCUAUAUAGAAAUAUCUGUAAAUUUUAAUAUUCGUUAUUUAACCAAGUAUUGUGAAAAUUAACUUUCUUCUUUGUAUUGCGUUUCUUUAAACGUGAAAGAAAGGAUGUGUAUAGAUGUUGACUUGUAUUUCUUAUUAACUUUUC